GAGGCGACGACUUGUUUGACAGGGAACUUCACAAGGCUGCUUCAUUGCCUCACUAUAUGUCAUAGGCUGUAUAAAUAUGGGAUCUCCCCCCUGUGGAUCACACACUUGACCAAUUGCGCCGCGCAAGAGUCUGAUGGCUCAUUUGAAUUCAGCGAUCCUCUGAGGCUAGAUGUGGUACAGACAGUAUACAGUAGUAGGUAGUGAAGGGUCUGUGCGUGAGUGUGUGUGUGUGUGUGUUUAUGUGAAUGUGCACUCCUAGAAUAGAAAUCCAAAGGAAGAAAAAGGAGAAGAAGAAGAAGAAGAAGAGAGGCGGGAUCGGUUUGUGCCUUGUUGAAAUCCAGGGUGAAGCAAAUACACAGUCUGUAACAGAUCGAUCAGCACUUCGCGCUCCCUUUGUGGAUUUGAUGGAUGUUUGAUCAGUGGAUGUGAUGCCCAUAUAUAUCAUCGACCGAAAAUUUCCCGACACAUCUGGUGAGUUGAUACAGCUGGCAGCUGAAGGAGGAGACCUGAGAAUGACAGAGACCAACCCCCCCAAGUCGGCUAAAAAGCCCCGCUGGACCUCCUUGGAGAUCGGCCUCAUUACUAUUGUCUCCUUGCUCUUCAUCGUCAUUGUCGCCCUCAUCAUUCUCUUUGCUACACAGAAGACUGAUGAAAUCUGCACCACAGCUGACUGCACACAGUCAGCGUCUCGUCUCAUUGAGAACAUGGAUGCUAGUGUGGACCCUUGUGACAACUUCUACCAGUACGCCUGUGGAGGCUGGCUGAAAAAGAACAUCAUCCCUGAGACCAGCUCUAGAUACAGCACCUUUGACAUCUUACGAGACGAACUGGAGGUCAUUCUCAAAGGUGUCCUUGAAAAAACAGUGGAGGGGGAAGCCGCUGCUCUCACCAAGGCUAAGACCCUUUACAAGUCCUGUACCAAUGAGAGUUUAAUUGAGCUUAGAGGAGGGGCUCCUUUGCUAGACAUGCUGCCUGAUGUGUUUGAGUGGCCCAUAGCUGUGGACAACUGGGAGACCAACUAUGGCAAAGUGUGGAGGUUGGAGGACGUCAUUGCCAAGCUGAAUGAGAAAUAUGGAACUCAACUUUUGGUUAACUUUUUUGUCGGCACCGAUGACAGGGACUCCAAUUCACACAUCAUUCAUUUUGACCAGCAGACAAGCCUUGGCCUCUUGUCCAGAGAUUACUACGCUUGCACCGGACCUUAUGCAGAGGCAUGUCGGGCCUACGAGCAGUUCAUGAUUGACCUGGCUAAGCUAAUCCGCAUUGACCGAAAACUGCCCAUCAAUGAAACGCGCAUCAGAGAGGAGGUGACACGAGUUAUGGACCUGGAGAGGGACAUUGCCAACGCUACUGAUACUCCAGAGGACCGUAACAACCCAGUAUUGCUUUACAACAAGAUGGAACUUGGUGAUCUGAACGCGAACUUCACCCUUGAGGUGGAAUCACAGGUAUUUGACUGGAGUUACUUCACAGCUAAGAUAAUGGACACAGUCAACAUCGGUGUUCCUGACACAGAGAAGGUCAUAAACUACUCCCCCAACUAUUACAGAAGACUCAACCUUAUCUUGGCCAGAUACACCAAGAGGGAUCUGCAGAACUACAUGGUGUGGCGUUUUGCUAUGAACAUGGUAGUGGGCCUGAGCAGAGCUUACAGGGACACCAGGAAAGCCUUCCGCAAGGCUCUGUCUGGUACAACAUCAGAGGCAGCUGUGUGGCGACAGUGUGCGCUUUACGUCAACAACAACUUGGACAAUGCUGUAGGACGACUGUAUGUGCAGGAGGCCUUCUCUGAAAAGAGCAAAGAACUGAUGCAAGAGAUGAUUAAAGACAUUCGGCAAGUGUUUAUUAGUAACCUUGAUGACCUGACCUGGAUGGAUGCAGAGACGAAGAAAGCAGCUGAGGAGAAGGCCCGAGCUAUCCGGGAACGGAUCGGCUAUUCUGACAACAUUAUGGAUGAUGAAUACCUUAACAAUGAGUACAAAGAUCUGGGCUACAGUGCAGAGGAGUACUUUGAAAACAUCUUACAGAACCUGGAGUAUGUGCAGAAGAAACGCCUGCGGAAACUCAGAGUCAAAGUCAACAAAGAGGAGUGGGUAACUGGAGCUGCUGUUGUCAACGCCUUCUACUCAUCCAGCAAAAACCAAAUAGUGUUCCCUGCAGGCAUCCUCCAGCCGCCUUUCUUCAGCAAAGGCCAGGCUAAAUCUCUCAACUAUGGUGGCAUCGGCAUGGUAAUCGGUCACGAGAUCACACAUGGCUUUGAUGACAAUGGUCGUAACUAUGAUAAGGACGGUGACCUGAAGGACUGGUGGACACCAGACUCCACUCAGAGGUUCCUGGAGCUGUCAAAAUGCAUUGUCAAUCAGUAUGGCAACUUCUCCUGGGACCUGGCCAAUGGACUUCAUUUAAAUGGUAACAACACCCUCGGGGAAAACAUUGCUGACAAUGGAGGGAUACGGCAGGCAUAUCAGGCCUAUAAGAACUACGUGAAGGAACAUGGAGAGGAGCCCCUACUGCCUGGCAUUGACCUUUCCCACAAUCAACUCUUCUUCCUUAACUUUGCUCAGGUGUGGUGUGGAACACACCGACCAGAGCAAGCUGUUAAUUCCAUCAAAGUAGACGUACACAGUCCAGGGAAAUUCAGGGUACUGGGCUCCCUUCAGAAUUUCCCAGAAUUUGCCAAAGCAUUCAGCUGCAACAAGAGCAGCUACAUGGUCCCUGACAACACCUGCCGUGUGUGGUGAUCCAUAGACCUCUGGGAUGGGGACUGUUCUGACGUGGGUCAUCCCUGUCCCUCUACAGUACCUCUCCCCUCUGACUGAGCACUCGUCGGGGGCUACAGGGAAGUGGAAGCUCCCCUUAGCUCUUUACUGGAUGGACCAGGGCUGGUGGACUGACACUGCAGUAUGCACUUCCUCUGAGGAAAGCAGUGGACUGUACCCUCACGGACAGGCGGGGCACUGUCUCUCCGACUCUAAUACUGUAGUUCAUUCAAUCAGCCUGAUUAUUCUUCUACUCACUGGAUACAAUCACUCCUUGUUUUUAUUUUUCUUCUCUCCAUUUUUAUCUUGUUUUAUUCAUCAUUUGUGAGUCUGCCAAUGUGUAUGUGAGCGUGAGUGUGUUUCAGUCAAAAUACUGUACAAGUAGUUGGCAAGAGAUGGGCAGACAGACAAAUGUGCUCAAACCCAGUGGCAUAUGAAUACACCACACACCCACUCACACUUAUAUACAUGUAACAGAACCACUGUACUGUAUGUGGGAUUGAGCUGUAUGCCUCUCAUAAAACCUCAGCUGGUUUCAGCCUUUAUCUACAUGCUGAUACACUCUACAAUGUACUCGUAAUGUACUCUUUGUUAAUAUGUAGGACUAUAUUAGGUAAAUUAUUACAGAAAAUCUGAAUUUAUUUUGUUGAAUAGACCAGUAAAUAUUUAACCAUAAUCACAUAUUACAUAAUACUGUUCUAUAUUUAAUAUUAAUGACUUAACUGCAGUUGACAGGCGGCUGCUGUUCAUUAGCAGUAUGUCAAAUAAACCAAAAUGACGUUUUUCGCCUUUAAGAUGACAGUUGGUCAUGAAUCAUUGAGCUGACAAUCGACAGACACCCAACCAUUUUUAUACUUUCACUGAGCCUCCUGUGUGUUUCUAUGUGGAUGUAUGUCUCUAUGUGUUUUCCAGUCUUUGUAAGUCAUGAUGAUCGCUGCCUACUGUUUGUCAAGCAAACUGGUAUGCCUUACAUGAUCUGUUGUGCUACAGUGUGAGAGUGUGUAUGUGUAUAAUUCACGGGAGAACCGAGAAUAAGAAAAUGUAACAUAAAAGGAAUAGACUUUUUCACAAAUGUGCUAUUUGAUGUCUGUACGCUAGAGCCAGCAGCCAGUUAGUUUUGCUUAGCAUAAAGACUUGAAAUACCUCUACAGCUAACAAAAACAACGACUUUCUAGAGUCUUUGACGACUGCCUGGUAACCUUAUAGCGACAAGACUGGAGACAAGGAGUCUUUACCCUUCAACUUUUCUAUGGAUUAUCAAAGAAAAUAUAGCUUGGUAAUUGGUGAAAUUUAAAUGUGGUGUUUCCAGUUGUUAUGCUAAGCUAAGCUAACCAUGUCCUGGCUGUAGCUUUAUAUUUAAUAGAAUGAUAUGAGAGUGG